AUGGGCCGCAAACCUAAUCAACUAAUCCUCGAGUUCUUCCACCGGGGCCCGAAGUUGGAAGACGCGAGCAAUCGAUACCAACACACGUGCAAGGCGUGUGGUGAGGUAUUUCCCAAGGGUCGCAUCGAUAGCCUUACCAACCACCUGGUCAAGAAAUGCCAGGCCAUCCCCCUCCGUGAUCGUCAACGCGUCUUGAUGCGACUCCACGAACUUCCCGACUUGACGGAUGCUGAGUCUAACAAGGAUUCCCCCAAUGGAAAGGGAAAGUCGGGCGAGGGUGGUUUCCCCAACAGACAGAAUUUUGACGGCCUCAAUGUGCUGGCCGAGGCGUCGCGUCAGGUCGGCGCUUCCGACGUGACCAAGCGGCCCGGAUACACUCAGUCUGUGACUGCUGGCGGCAAGACCGUGAUUGUUGACCCCGCGCUUGAAGCCGAAGGAUUCCAGGGACAGACACAAGGAUCUGAUGCUCAGAUUGAGGGCACGGCAAAUGCCGAAGGCACUCCGCAGUCGUCCAAUGCUCCUAGUAUCCCUGCUCUUCCAAGUCACACUCCCAACGAUCACCACGGAUCCAUCUCCCCACCUCUUGGCGAUACUUCCAUGUCGCCUGAAUCCACAUCCAAUGCGCGCCAGUCUCAACUGUCGAUGAUUGCGGCAUCUGCCAAUGAGAUGGUCCCCCAGGGACUGUCCAUGGAUGGCGACGGCAUGGGUCCAGAUGGUAUCAAAAUUGGCCAGUGGCCCCAGCAACUGUCCACCCACGAGCAACUUCUGUUUGACAGCUUGGCGGAGCAUGACCCGUCGUUGACUGCGGCCACUCAACGAGCUGCAUCAUACCCUCGCCCUAUUGCCAUGAACCCUAACACCCAGGCCAAGGGAUUUGUCAAUGAAUUCGGCAACUCCACCAAACCUAUGAAGCCCAAGGUUCGGGGACGCUUCAGUGCAGAGCGACGCCGUGAAGUUCAAGAUGUGCGAAAGAAGGGUGCAUGCCUUCGUUGCCGCAUGCUCAAGAAACCCUGCUCCGGCGAUACCCCUUGCACCACAUGCGCUAGCGUGGAGAGUGCCCGCCUGUGGAAGCACCCGUGCCUGCGCACCCGCCUUUCCGAUGAAUUCGAACUUUACAAUGCUAAUCUUAACUCCACACUUGCCUAUCAUGACACCAACAGCAUCAAGAAUCAGGUCAAGUUUGAGCACUACUCUGGCCGCAUUGAAGUUACCCAUUUUGAGGAAAGCAAUUCUUUCAUGACCUUCAGCGGCCUCCAGGGUCACCGGCAAUCGGUAUCUGCCCUUGAUCCGCAACUGCAAGCCUUGGGUGAUGACCAAUUCUCUGGAUCUUUGCAGGAGGUUUACCUGCUAGAUGCCGACGCAGAUGACAUUCCCAGCAAGCUGGAGAUGUACAUCAAGAAGAACGCGUCUUACUUCUAUGAGCGGGAGACCUCGCCUUUCAUGAAGCCUACUCUGCUUCUUGCUGCUGAGCUCAACCAAUCUAAGAAGGAUAUCCUUUUGGAGCGUGUGCUGGAGCUUUGGGUCGCCACUCACAUCCUCGUCGACACUGAACUGACCUGGAAGACCUACUACAACCCCACCUUGCCUCCUAACUCCCUUCAUUCCCUUUCACAGCCCUCCGAUGAGGGUCGCCUGCCCAUUGAAGAGGUCUCCGACCCGGAGUCGUAUGGCCUUCUCUGCAGCCAGCUCCGUGCUGCCAUGGAAAAGCGGGCUUCGCAGUUGAGCAAGUUCGUCAUCAACGACCUCGAGCGUCGACUUCUCCAGCGUCAGAAGUGUGGCUGGUUCGAUACUUUUAUCGUCGCCAUUAUUCUCCUCAACUGCGUGGAGCGCACAUGCUGGCUAUUCCGCUCUUGGGACAACAAGGACUUUUCUCAGCGUUGGCCUCUUGACAAGCGUCCCCCCUACUACUUCAACCAAUCCGACCGUUUUGCCGAUAUCCUGGAGAUGCUUCUGCGCAUGCGCCACAUUCCUCCUAAGGCGACCUUCCGUCCCGACAAUGGAAUCCUGAAGGCGGUUGAUGGUAGCGACGAGCACGCUGUCCGUUGGUUUGACAUGAUCCAACUUACUCCUUACUUUAUUGAAGAGCGCAAGAACGCCGUCUUCGACCAGUACGACUCGCGUUCUCUCGAUUGUCACCACAGUGCCAAUCUUCUCGAGCCUAGCAACGCCACCUAG